UUCGGGCUGACCGCAGACAAAGCGGCUGAUUGAGACGAGCUGCUGAUUUAACUUCAUCCAGACAAACUGAGCAGAGAAGCUGUGACCGGAGGAUCCAUCCACCUACCUGACGCUGCACGCCUCCUCCUCCUCCUCCUCCUUCCUCCUCCUCCUUCACUCCUUCCUCCUUCCUCCGCCUCCAGGUAGGGUGGAGUUUCUACCUGGACUCUGACAACACACAACAGAGUGAGGGAAGGGUUCAACAAUGGCGUUAUAGUCGGACUUCGGAGCUCUUUUAUCGACUUAUCUUCACAGUCCAGCAGGUAUGAGCCAGCCGCCCCGUGCACACCGGGCACACCGGGGGGAGAGAAACGGAGACAACCGACACUACCGAGACUCCCACGAUGACCGGCGAUCAUCACCGGACAGGUCUUCCUCUCGGCCUCCGUACUACCCCAGAGAAGCUGACUCUCCUCCCAAACAUGCGCGGGAAGCCCCCCGAGUGGAGCACCAGCAGUCCAAAUGCACCUACAUUUGUUCCAGGAGAGGCAUCGUGUUGAUCUGCUCUGUGCUGACCAACAGCCUGGUCCUGAUCUGCGUGGUCGCAGCUCAGAUGGUGACCUCCGGCAUGUCCUCUGCGGCCGGGCUGGGCGGCUUCAACAUCAACUCCAACUUCAACCUGCAGGGCACGGAGCUGCAGAAGGUUCGAGAGCUGGACAUGCAGUACAGUCAGAUGAGAGCGCCGGGCAUCUACGGCGGCAUCGCCUUCAGCCUGACCCUCGGGGUUCUCUCGCUGCUGUUUGUGGUCUCCGGGACCAAACCGCCCCACAUGAUGUCCAAGAAGCUUCUGUACGGAGCGCUGGUGUUUCAGGCGCUGGGCGCGGCGGCGUACGUCGUGGCCGUGGGGCUCUACCUGCACUUCAUCAUCGGGGUGAACGCCACAGACGUGUGUCAGCAGCGCGAGAGGCUGUACGCUCGCAACGGCUACACCUGGAUGAGCUGCAACGUGAGCGGAGCGGACGCCGCCGUGGCUCUGUUCGGGCUCAUCACGGCCAUCCUGUACACCGCCGGCACGGUGCUCACGAUCAGGACCAUCAGAGGCGUGAGGCGGUACCUGCAGGAGCGGAAAGACAGGAGCCGAUCGCGGCCGAUGAGAGCCGAGAUCACAUCUGUGUGAGUGGGACUCAGGCUGAACUGGACCCUGACGUGGAUAAAAGUACUGAGUUUAUAAUAAUGUGACAAGAAAUAAUUAGACUCCUGAAAGGUGGAGUGACACUUCUAAUCAUUUUUACUCUGAUCCAAAGAAGAAGACGAACAUGGCAACCUUUUCUAUCGUCGAGUAAACGGCCAGAUUUAUAUUCAAUAACACGAGAACAAAUGAUAAACCGAACAGUGAACGCAGUGACUGUGUCAAAGGAGGCAGAUUUUAGUUUUCAUUUUAAGAACCUUUAAUACAUAAUGUAUUUUUUUUUAUUAUUUUUAACCAUGAUAAAUACUUUAUAGGCGUCUUUUUUGUCAGAUCGUGUGUUCUCGUUGUUCUUUGGUUGUUUUAACACAAGCAGAGCGUUCAGGUCUUCACUGUGCCCUGCUCCUGUCACAUUUAUAGAACUUUAUAUCUUAAAUCAUAAUAGAAACUUUCAUCACAGAAGGACCUGGGCUCUGUGUCAUCUUAAACAGCUACAGUGAAGCUGAUUAUGAGCACAUAUGUUCACUGGAUGG